CCGCGCCUCUCCCCAGCCCCGCUCCUUCCUCCCUCCCCCACUCCCCGCACCUCUCUCCCACUUCGCCCCGCCCUCGCCCUCGGGCCACGCCCCUUAGCGCCACGCCACGCCACGCCCCUCCAUCCCCUGGGUCCAGGUCUCUCCUUGCUAGGCCCAGUACCCUCUUUGGAUCCCCUUUAUGCACAUUUUCAGGCUGACUUCUUCUCCUACUCCUUCCAAAGAAUAUAGCAUCCUCCUCCCUCUCCUAACUCCUCUUGCUCCUCCCCCCACCCAGCCUGUUAACCUCCUCCCUUCCUCAGGGCUCUAGAAGGCUCCCCAGGAAAAGGAAGGUAAGUGGGAGGUAGAACCUGACUUUGCAAACCCAGAGUGGAUACAGUCUCACAUCUCCCCUUCCUCCCUCCCCCAAUGGCACCGCUUGAGGAAAGAGCCAGAGUACAGAGAGGUGAGAUGAUUUACUCUGGGCUGCAGAGCCCACCUUCUGUUGUCCACAUUGUUUCCCAAGUGAGGCCUUUUCUUAAAGCAUUCUCACACCUAGUUUCCUAAGAUGCAGCCACUCAGAAAGCUAAUUCUGAGCAAGUCCUGAUAAAGGCCACGUGUCCUUGGGCUCCCAAGCAUUUACUGUGGCACAUUUGAGGGAUUGGUGUUGGAGACUUAAGCCCACCUCUGAAAUGUUCCAUGGCAAUCACCUGGGUCCUGGCGGUAGGUAGUUGAACCUGCAGAACUCUGGCAGUGAGUACAUGGGCCACAUGACUCCCUGAUGAAGUUUGCCUCUUGUCUGUCAUCCCUCCCCUGGAAAUCUGGAAGAAUGAAUCUCGCUGACUGCCAGGGAGCACAUAUCUUGUAUUCCCAACUCAGCCUGGCUGAGUGUUGUGAAACUCCAGCACUGUGCUUGAUGCAGGAAUGCUGAAGGAGGACACUGGUCACCUCCAGGAAACUGAAACAGGCUCAGCUUAGUCUUGGAGGAUCAGAGAAAGGCAGUCAGAGGAGGGAACCUGUUUCAGGUAACCCCUUUCUCAGAAAGCUAACAUAAGCGGCAAAGGCAAGGGCUAUCCAUUGAUUCAGUCAUUAAGUAAAUCAAGUACGGAACAGCUGCAUGAAAUGGUCUCCUCAGGUGCUGCAAGAUCCUAUGACCAUCAGACCUGGUGCAGACCCGUGCCUCAGCCACUGAGCAGGCCCUGCAGUGCCAGAGCUCAGCGAUGUGGAAAUAAACAAGAAGACAGGCUCUUGCCCUAAAGGAGUUCACCCUCUGCUAGAGACAGAGAGCAAGUAGUUCUGAACCUGUAGUGCUCAUAGGACUCCUCCCUCAGCGCCUGUAGGUGGGAUUCCCAUGCAGAUGGGUACACUGGAACCUGUACGCAAGGGUUAGAGUUAGCUUGAGAGAAGAGUGAAUAGAGUCAUGGGGGUGACCAGAAAGUUCAGGUCAGAUGAAGAAAGGUCCUGGUUCUGCCACCGCAGCCCUUGAAAAUGCACCUCAGUAUCUCAGAUCACUGGAGAGACUUCUGGGGUGCCUUGUAACCAGAGUGCCCAAAGAGCCCUUCCACUGUGUUGGCCACACCUGCUUGGGCAGCAGUCCCUAUUGCAUAGUCUCAGGACCCCUUUUUAGUCUUAAAAAUUAUUGAGGACCCCAGAGAGUCUUUUGUUAGCAUGGGUUAUAUCUAUCAAUGCUUAUUAUGCUAGAGACUAAAGCUGAGAAAAUUUUAAAAUAGUUUUAACUUAAGAAAAACAAACAUUACCAGGCACAGUGUCACAUGCCUCUAAGCUACUCUGGAGGCUGAGACAGGAGGAUUACAAGUUUGAGGCCAGCCUAGGCAAUUUAGCAAGAUUUUCUCAAAAAUAAGAACUGGGUGUAAAGCUGUGCAAGGCCCUGAGUUCAGUCCCUAGUACAAUACAAAACAACAAAACACACAAAUCCCAAAACAUCCUAUGUGUUUUUUGUUUUGUUUUGUUUUUUUGGGGGUGCUUGGGGAUUUGAACCCACUGCUUCAUGCAUGCCAGGCAACCACUUUUACCACUGAGCCACAUCCCCAGCCCACAUCCUACGUAUUGAUGUAAUAAUAUAUGAUUAUGGCAACAACCAUGUUUUCCAAAACGAAAAUAAUUGAGUGAAAAAGAAAGGUAUCAUUUGACUUCUUUUUGGUACUGGGGAUUGAACCCAGGGGCCCUUAACCACUAAGCCAUAUCCCCAGCCCUUUUUAUGUUUUAUUUAGAGACAGUGUCUCACUGAGUUGCUGAGGCUACUCUUGAACUUGAGAUCCUCCUGCCUCAGCCUCCCAAGCCACUGGGAUUACAGGCAUAUGCCACCGUGCCCAGCUUCCUUUGACAUUUGCACAAACCUUUUUAGUGUCUGACCAAAUAGAGGACAGCUAGAUUCUCAUGUCAGGUCCUGCAGUGAGUCUCCCAGGGGACAGCAUACCUCAUGACCUCUGGGAACUGUGUGAGAAGAUGAGAGUAAAGAUGGUACUGACUUACGACAAUGGCUUUGGCCUUGUGGACCCCUAGGUGUUGCAUAUCAUGCUUUGAAAACCACUGCCUAGAGUUACCUCUCCAAGCAGAGUUCUCAGUGACCAGGAGUGAUGACCUGUGCAGACUAGCUCAGAUGAAAAGAACAAGACGCUGAAGUAGUCCCUGGGCAGGCGGAACUUGGCCUGCAGCCACUCCUUUCUCUAAGGAUUUGUUCCAUUUGUCUCCUCACUUUGGCAUGACCCUACCUGAGCACUUAGCUCCAGGUAAGCCAUGAACAGGAGUUUCCUGGUCAGUUGUUCUAGAAGGGCCCUGGAUAUGGACACAGAGUUCAGAGGCCAAGGUGGCCUCCACAGAUUCUGCAAGACUCCUGUGACCGUCAGACCAGGUACAGACCCUGACCUUAAGGACAGGGCCCUUUGGGGCCUCCAAGUACCCACCUGUCCUCAGCCCCCCUCAGUGCAGAUACGGGUUCAGCCUGUGUCGUCUUGUGGAUGCUGACUCUCAUGGAGGUAUCCUGGAGCAUCCUGUAGGUCCAGCCCCCUUGCCUCCUCUUCCCACCGCUGGCUCCCUUCCUCCUGGAGUACGCCUGACUGGCACCUCCUUGACCAUGCUGUCCUCCAAGACUAAGGUUUGUAAGUAUUAUUAGAGUGCUUCAGAGAGACAGAACCAACAUGGUGGAUGGAUGGAUGACGGGGAUUAAUGAGGGGAAUUCACUCCUGUGAUCAUGGAGGCUGAGCAGUCCCACAGUAGACUCUCUACAAUCUGGAGACCCUGGGAAACUGGUAGCAUGGCUCAGUACAAGUCUGAAGGCCUCAGAAACAGGAAAGCUGGUGGUGUACCUCUGAGGCCCAGGCCAAAGGCUGGAGUGGGGCUAACUGGAGUCUAGAGGCUGCAGAACCUGGAGUCCUGGUCCAAAGCCAGGAGAAAAAGAGCUGUAGCUCCAGGAGAGUCAGGAAAUCGCCUUUCUUCUACUUUUUUGGUUUGAGCCUCCACCUGACUGAUGUGCCUGCCUACAUUGAAAGCAGACCUUCCCCAAUUAGUCUACUCCUCUGGAGACACCAUACAAAACUGGUGUACCCCAGUGACUUCCAGCUCACAGACAAGGAGAAAAGCAGCAUCUGCUACCUGUCAUUUCCUGACUCCCACUCAGGCUGCCUUGGGGACACUCAGUUCAGCUUCCGGAUGCGCCAGUGUGGAGGGCAGAGGAGCCCCUGGCAUGCAGACGACAGACCCUACAAUGGUGGAGCCCCCGUGGCACUGCAGAGGGAGCCAGCACACUACCUUGGCUACGUGUACUUCAGGCAGGUGAAGGACAGCUCUGUGAGGAGGGGCUACUUCCAGAAGUCUUUGGUAUUGGUGUCCCGCCUGCCUUUUGUCCGGCUGUUCCAGUCGCUGCUGAGCCUAAUUGCCCCUGAAUAUUUUGACAAAUUGGCACCCUGCCUGGAAGCAGUUUGUAAUGAGAUUGACCAAUGGCCAGCCCCCGUGCCUGGGCAGACCCUGAACCUACCUGUCAUGGGAGUCGUCAUCCAGGUGCACAUCCCAUCCCGGGGGGACAAGCUGGAGUCCAAGCCUCCAAAGCCGUGUGACCAAGAGAACCUGCUGCCCGCCCCAGUGGUCCUUUCCAGUGUCCAUGAAUUAGACCUGUUCAGGUGCUUUCAGCCCGUGCUGACCCAUGUGCAGAUGCUGUGGGAGCUCAUGCUUCUUGGGGAGCCCCUGGUGGUCCUGGCGCCUUCACCUGACGUGUCCUCAGAGAUGGUGCUGGCCCUGACCAGCUGCCUACAGCCCCUCAAGUUCUGCUGUGACUUCCGCCCCUACUUCACCAUCCAUGACAGUGAGUUCAAGGAGCUCACCACACGCACCCAGGCCCCACCAAACGUGGUCCUGGGAGUCACAAACCCUUUCUUUAUCAAAACACUCCAGCACUGGCCCCAUGUACUUCGAAUUGGGGAGCCCAGGAUGUCAGGGGACCUUCCUAAGCAGGUCAAGCUGAAGAAGCCCUCCAGACUGAAGACUGUUGACACUAAGCCAGGCCUCUACACCUCCUACACAGCCCACCUGCACCGGGACAAGGCGCUGCUCAAACGGCUGCUCAAGGGUGUGCAAAAGAAGCGGCCGUGGGACAUGCAGAGUGCCCUGCUGAGGCGGCACCUCCUGGAGCUCACGCAGAGCUUCAUCAUCCCCCUGGAGCAUUACAUGGCCAGCCUCAUGCCACUGCAGAAGAGCAUCACACCCUGGAAGACCCCUCCCCAGAUCCGCCCCUUCCAUCAGGAGGACUUCCUGCAGAGCCUGGAGCAUGCAGGACCCCAGCUCACCUGCAUUCUCAAGGGCGACUGGCUGGGCCUCUACAGGCGAUUUUUUAAGUCACCCCAUUUUGACGGCUGGUACCGGCAGCGGCACAAAGAGAUGGCCCAGAGAUUGGAAGCACUGCACCUGGAGGCGAUUUGUGAGGCGAACAUCGAGACCUGGAUGCAGGACAAGUCGGAGGUAGAAGUGGUAGACCUGGUCCUGAAACUUCGGGAGAAGCUGGUGCGGGCACAAAGCCACCAGCUGCCAGUGAAGGAGGUGACGUUGCAGCGGGCACAACUGUACAUUGAGACGGUCAUCGGCUCCCUGCCCAAGGAUCUGCAGGCUGUCCUGUGCCCUCCCUAGGGUGGGGCAAGGUGUGCAGUCCCUGGAACCUGUCUGCCAAGCCCCUCCACCCUGGGGUGACCUUCCGCCAAGCCUGAGCUCCCAGCCUUUGCCCCUUCCCAGGCUGUGGCCCCCCCUACUUUCACCACCUUUGUCCCAGCAGUAAACGUGACAUUUGGAACCACA